AGUUGAGACAAAGCGCUUCCGGCGACGACUUCAUGUGAUUCUUCACUAACAGGGUGAAAAACCCAGACUUUCUGCUGAGGGUAACCCCCUUGGAACCGAAUGAAGAAACAAAUCUUACUACAUUUCACAUACCGAGGACUAGUAAGAAAAGGAAAAAAGAGUAAAAGAAGAAAAUGGACAAGUUUAUAUUACGAAAGGCCGAACCCAAGGACGUGUCUGACAUACUGCGACUCAUAAAGGAACUUGCGAAAUUUGAGGAAAUGGAGGAACAGGUCGUCCUGACCGAGAAAGAGCUGCUCGAGGACGGUUUCGGAGAUCAUCCGUUUUAUCACUGCGUCGUCGCUGAAGUACCGAAGGAUAAACAGUCUCUUGAAGGUUAUACAGUGGUUGGCUUUGCUAUGUACUACUUUACCUAUGACCCCUGGAUUGGGAAGCUGCUUUAUCUGGAAGACUUCUAUGUAAUGAAGGAAUUUAGAGGUUAUGGGAUGGGCUCUGAGAUCCUGAAGAUGCUAAGUGAGACGGCAGUGAAGACUCGAUGCAGCGGGAUGCACUUCAUCGUGGCCGAGUGGAACACGACAUCCAUCGAGUUUUACAAGCGGCGCGGAGCAUCGGAUCUCUCUCACGAGGAGGGAUGGCGUCUGUACGAGAUCGACAAAUGCAACCUACUCAAGAUGUCAUCCAAGUAGACGCCAGUGCAAAAGAAACAGUUUGAUGGAGGAUUUUAUUAGAGUAGACCAGUGUUUCCCAACCCUGAUCCUUGAGGCACACCAGCACCACACCUCCACACACACUAUACAACUGUUCCUAAUCUGAGCUAAAGAUUAGUAGUGAGGAGACUAAAAUGUGCACUGUUGGUGUGCCUCCAGGAACCGAGUUUGGAAACGCUGGAUAGACAAUCGUUGAUACACCUGCAAUGUAUCGUUUACAAUAAAGCUUUUACUUUACGAAAGAGA